UCUCACUCGCUCUCUUUUCCAUCACCACCCGCUGGCUCGUGUCAUAUCAUGCAGCCAGCCAAUGUGUAGAGAGUUGAGUUUAUGGGCAUAAAAAGAGGCGAUUUCUCUCUUCUCGUCCCUUCUCUCUCGCCACAGCAUUCGCAAUCGCUUGUAUUUUGCUUCCUUCCCUUCCUCCAACUUUCUUCCUUAGCCAGCUCAUUUCCUCUCUCUCUAUUUGCUCUCCUUCACAUCACCUAAAUACCCACCAACCCACUCUCUCUAGUCUCUACACUCUACUACCAGUUUCUAAUAAAUCCUUUCGAGUAUCAGCUUGCCUGCCAGGAUUUCUCCACCAGAUCUCUAGGCCAGCAAGGAAGAGGAAGAAGGAAGGAAAGCUGGUAAAGAGAUAUCCCCGGCCCUCUCUCCUGACACCAGACGGCCACAGCCCCAGGCCCCUCUUCUUCUCCUCCCCUUUCUUUUCUAUUUUAUUCCCUCUUCACUUCUCUCUUCUUUUUCUAAUAAUACCCUUCGGUUAAUUUUGUCUUUUCCUUCGUUUUCCCCCCUUCCUCGCCUGUCUGGGUUUGUCUGUCUGGUUUUGGAUUCCAUGCCAUACCCACACUCCAAAAUCGCGUCUUUCACUUGAUCUCGUCUCGAUAAUCCCCUUAUCGUUUCUGGGUUUUGGUCCUUUUUUCGUUCUGGAGGUUGGAGGCGAAGGGUUCGAAAGAUAGAUCAAAUGGCGAACGGUGGUGCGGUUGAUGAGGGGAGGAAGUGUGAGACAGUGGUGUUGUUCAGUGAGGAAGAACUGAGGGAGAUGAGUGGGGUAAAGCAAACCGGUGAUUGCAUAGAAGUCACGUGUGGUUGUACCAGCCAUAGAUAUGGCGAUGCGGUGGGAAGGCUUAGGGUUUUUCCCAAUGGCGACCUCGAAAUCUCCUGUGAAUGUACCCCUGGUUGCGAUGAAGGUUUCUCUCCCUUUCUUUCUUUCUUUCUUUCUUUUCCUCUUUCUAUCUCCCCUUUUUCCUAUUUGUCUUCUUCCUUCCUUUUGAUAUCUGGGUUUAAAAUUUCAUGCAUGUUGAAUGUGUCAUCUGGUGUCGUUUUCUCCCCCAUCGUUUUAAUCGAACGGCAUUGAUAUCUCUACCCUGAGUAUCAUCCCGGAGUGAACUUGUGUUUGUUUUUUACCUUAUACCGGCCAAGUGUUCGCUGUAUUGCCUCACUGAACCAACUUGCGCCUUGGUAAACCCCACCAGUAAGGUGUUUGCCAACCUACAUUGUUGUUACUGUUCACUCUUUUCAUCCUACUGAAUGAGUGUUGAAGAUUUUAGCUUUUUGGUUACCGAGUUUUGCCGUUGCUCUGUAGGCAGAGUAAGAUCCUCGUGUCCUAAAUCUGUCAACCUUAUGUUUUUCCUCUUCCCCUUCCUAACCUUUCUUUUAGAUCGUGCUUCAGCUCGAGGAUAUUCUUUUUAUUUUAUUUUGAUAGAAGCACAAGGAGUUUAGGAUCAAACUUUCGUGCUAUACCUGCAUCACUAUAUUCCGAUGAGGCAUUUUAGUGAACACUUUUCUCCCCCCGUUAUGCUUUCUUGAACGAUCGUUGGGUCAUCAGUCAUUAUUGGAUCAUGGGUGGGUUGGCUUCUUUCUGACGAAGCCAUCAUCUCCAUGUUUCUUCGUCAAAAGUGUUGUGUACUUUCCUCUUUUUGAAACAGUGCAAAAGUCAUGCCAACGGCGCCUACCUUCUAAUUCUCUUUGUAAAUAUCAAAUAUGUUUUGAGGGUUCCACGUCUGAUAUAGGGGAGGCGACUUUAGUUUGAGAAUACUGUUGCGACUAGAAGGUUAUCUUAUGCCAUGCUACAAGAGUUGGUACGUGGCUCUGAUGUCCAUUUGGUAGAAGCUUAGGCUCUUAUGCCAUACUACAAGAAUAUGCUUUGGUAUUCCAGUGGGAAACUAAGAAGGCCGAUAAGUACUGCUGUAUGGAAUAUACUAUGGUCAUAAAGUAAGCCCGGACCUGGCUACGGCAAUCCAUAUUUGCUUUUUCUGAGCAGGCCCAAGUCUAAGCUGUAUACAGUAUCUUGUUGCUUAAUCGGAAAAAAGUUUGUGUUAUUGGGAGGCCGACCAUCUAGCUAAGGCCUACUUGUAUCCCCUGCUAACGUUUUCCUUGACAAUUUCUAGCACAUGUUAGUUGGUGCAGUUGCUAGUUUUUAGCUUCAUAUCAUGUGCAUGUAUUUGUGCUUAAUCCUUGCUCUAAGUUUAAGGAAAACGCUUUCUCUUCUGCAUGUGAUUAUAACUUUAUCAACAUUAAGCUGGACUUCUUGGUCCAAAAAAAAAAAAAAACAUUAAGCUGGACUUCAUAUGAUCUCUCUACCACACAACUGAUCCUUUUUCAUGUAUCGGUGGGUGCUGUUAAUGGUUGUGUAGAUAAGAUGAGUCCUGCUGCAUUUGAGAAGCAUUCUGGGAGGGAGACUGCUAGGAAGUGGAAGAAUAAUGUGUGGGUGAUUGUGAAUGGGGAGAAGGUUCCAUUGUCGAAGACAGUGUUGCUCAAGUACUACAACCAAUCAUCCAAUGGAUCCCACCGCUCUCAAAAUGGGCGGGUUUUCCAUCGCGAUGAGUUUCUUCGCUGCAGCAAGUGCAACAAGGAGCGCAGAUUCCGCUUAAGGACCAAAGAGGAGUGUCGAGUUCACCAUGAUUAUGUGGCCAAUGUUAGCUGGAAAUGUGCUGACUUACCGUUUGACAAGUAUGCUUUCUCUCCUUGUUAAGUUGAUAGUAGCUGUUUUGUUCUUUCCAUUAUGGUGAAUGCAAAAUGUUGGCGUUGUUCCAUUAGAUAUAGAUUUGUAUUUGCGUAAUUAUACAGUCCAAUCUCUUAUGAUUUCUGCAUUCUUGACUCUGUUCUUGCAAGCCAGAGUCUCGUGAUGUUCUUCCUUUGGGUGGUUGUUGAAAGAAUUGUGAUUAAUUGCAUGCUUUUUCCAUUCUUUUCUACAGUUUUAUAGGUAGUUGCCUUCUCUUGUCAACUUAUUAAUUAAGACAUUCUAUGCUGUGAAUAUACAUAUAUUAUGACUUCUGCCAUUUUUCCUUGUGCAUGGAAAAUUAUGACUUCAGUUGCUUGAUACGAGAGUUCCAGGAAAAAAUGUGACAGAUUAAGGAUAUUGUUUCUCUUAAUUUGGUUCCUCAUUCAAUGUUGUCGUGGACUAUAGAAGUGGUAAGGAUAAUUUUUACCGAAAGGUUAAGUCUUUGUUGGAGAUUUUUGUAUGAUCAGACCAUGACGAGAGCCACGAAAGCCAACAGCUUUGGAGCUAUUAACUAAUUGGACGACAAUUAAUGGCAUGGUUUCAUUUUCUUCUUUCUCCAAUAAUGGAUUGUAUGAUCAGACCAUAACCAGAAAACUAUGAAAGUCUAAUAACAUUACAUGUAUAUGUUUGCAUGAUUUAUGAUUGAGACUCGCCACAUGAUUCAUGAAAAGGCUUAGGCUGACUGCUGGAUCAUGGAUGGGAGUUUGGUCCUUAAUUAGUUGACCUUUUGUUUCAGUUUCUUCUACUGAAUUGCUCGUUUUCGUGGCAGGCUAACGUGUGAUGACGACGAGGAGAGAGCAAGUCGCAAGGUGUACAGAGGCUGCUCCCGCUCUCCAACAUGCAAAGGAUGCACUUCCUGCGUGUGCUUUGGCUGUGAAAUCUGCCGCUUCUCUGAUUGUUGCUGCCAAACUUGCACUGACUUCACGAGGAAUGUGAAAGCUUGAAGAAGCCUUUUUACAGCAUGACCAAGUCCGCCAUCAUCCUUUGAUUUGAUCCCAUUCGUUCUACCAUUAUUUAACCACUAUUUUUGGAUGGCUAUUUAUGAACAAAACACAACUGCCAUGCCAGCAGCCAUAUAUGGCUGGCGAGCCUGUGAUCUGAAGUUGAGGGAAGGAUACACUCUUUUCUCACAACAAUCUUUUGUUGGGCUCCAAUGAUUAGAAAUUUUAAUCCCCUUCACUUGUUAUUGCCAAUCAUUUGCUACAACUAGGGGUGUCCAUUCGGGUUUGGUUUUUCGGGUUUACCCAAAACCGACCUGAUUAUAUACAUUUUCGGUUUUUCGGGUUCGGGUUCGUUUCAGGUUUCGGGUUUUUCGGUUUCGGGUUCGGUUUUGCUUAUCGGUUUUUUGGGUUCCAGCUAAAAACCUCCAAUGAAUAGAACUCAACCCG